UAAAUUUUUAUUCAAAAAGACCAUACAAGCAUAAAACAGAUUGGUAUUUAAUUUUUGAUAGUAAUUUAAUCGUACAGUAUUAAAUUAAAGAGAGUUAUUAAAAUAAGACCCCCUUCAUAUAGCCGCCUAUAGGUCUGCUAAAGACGUCAAAGUACAUCGGGGAAAAACUAGGCUAAAGAUUGAAAAGUGAAUAAACAGCAAAAUUAACUUUAUGCUUAGUAGAGAACUGUACUUUCAACCAACAAUCUGCUACCCUUAGUGUUUUUUACAUGCAAUUAGACUUGUGCUAUUUAUGAUCAAAGAAAUCACUGAUUUCUUGUUUCGAAAGGUGGCUGAAUGCGUAAUUUAGUAAACAAGUUCAAAUGUCUGACAUGUCAGUCAUCGCUCUGGUGCACGCUCUGAUGUUGAUGUAUUAAGUUAGUCUUAGUCAGUCAGUGUAAACCGGUAGACGUUAGAGAAUUCAUUUCUACUUGUGUUCAUAGUAAAUGCUAAUGUUCUAAUAUCAUUACCUAAUAUAAUAGUAUACCGUGGCAAGUGAAGUGCAUACAACAAUGAAUGAAUUAGCAUCGUAUUUUAAAUUCCAAGAACUAUGUGACGUGUUAGAAGCCAUAUCUGCAGCUAAAAAGCCAAAAGAGAAAAAGGAUAUAUUAUCCAAAUUCAUCCAGCAAUUUAAAUCAAAAGCUGUUAAGCUGCAGCCCGAAAUAUCUAACAGCAGUUUUUUUCCCAUCUUAAGAUUAAUACUGCCCCAUCUUGAGCGAGACCGCGGUCCUUUUGGAAUUAAAGAGUUUUCCUUUGCUAAGAAGUUAAUAAAUAUGUUGUCUUUAAAACCAGAUGGACCUGAAGCUUCUUGCCUUCUCAAUUACCAAGGUCACUUCAAAAAUGUUAAUAUAAAAGAUUUUGCGGAUGCAGCCUUUUGGAUAUUAAAGAAAUAUUAUUAUAAAAGUUCAAGUCUAACUAUUCUCGAUAUAAAUAAUGGUUUAGACAUGCUAGCACAACUACAUUCGUCAGCGGAACCUCGAAAGUUUGAUGAAACAUUGUUUAAACUUUUUCGUGCCACUUCCGCUAAAGAACAAAAAUGGUUGAUAAGAAUAAUUUUAAAGGACAUGAAACUUGGGAUAGGUCAGGACAGUAUACUCAACACGUUUCACCCCGAUGCUGUCGAGUUUUAUGCUUCAAACAGCAGUCUUACAAAAGUUUGUGGCACUUUAAAAGAUUCAUCUAUACGAUUAAACGAGAUAGAAAUAGAAAUAUUUACAGCCUUCAGAGUCAUGUUGUCUAAACGAUGUGACGUAAAUGAAUUGGUAAAAAUUAGCAGUAGUCCAAACAUGCUUUACUAUGUUGAAACAAAAUUUGAUGGUGAAAGAUUUCAGUUACAUAUGAAAGAUAAUACUUUUAAAUACUUCUCUCGUAGAGGAUUUGAUUACACUGCCACAUUUGGCGACUCUUUUGACAAUGGACUUUUUACUCCCCUUUUAAAAAAUUGCUUUGUUAGCAAUGUUAAUAGUAUAAUUCUUGAUGGAGAAAUGAUGGGAUGGAAUACGAAAACACAACGUUUCGGCUCUAAAGGCAUGAACUUCGACGUGAAAAACUUAACAGAGUCUACCACCCAUCAGCCUUGUUUUUGUGUCUUUGAUAUUCUAUUAAUCAAUGAUCAGGUAUUAACAAAUAAACCACUAAAACAGAGAACUAAAAUUUUAUAUGAAAAUUUAAAACCUAUAGAGGGGGUAAUUAUGCUUAGUAAGAUUGGAAAGGCCACAUCUCAAGCAGACCUUGUUAAUGCUUUAAACACAUCAAUGGACAAUGAGGAGGAAGGAAUCGUUAUUAAAGAUCCCAAUUCUGUUUAUAAGAUGAACGAUAGAAAUUCGGGUUGGUGGAAAGUAAAACUGGAAUACUUCGAGGAUGUUAUGAGUGAUUUAGACGUAAUAAUUCUCGGUGGAUUUUAUGGCUCAGGAAGACACAGACUCAACAUUCGAAUCUUUUUAGUUGGAAUAGGAAUGUCAGCUUCCGGUAAACCCCCCAAAAGAUUUCUUGCUUUCGCAAGAAUUCAAACUGGAUUAAGCGAUGAAGAAUAUUCAGUUUUAGAUAAAAAAUUAGGUCCAUUUUGGAGAAAAAUGGGUGACGAUAAUCCGUCUAAUUACGGAAUCAAAUUCGGUAAAGACAAACCGGAUGUAUGGAUUCCGCCAGAACAUUCAUGUGUUUUAUUAGUUAGAGGUUCUGAAUUAAUAAAAACCUCAGACUUUCCCUCAAAGUAUACUUUACGAUUUCCUAGAAUUCUCAGUAUACGCAACGAUAAAGCAUACUACGACUGUCUAAAUGAUCAAGAACUAGAAGAUUUAACAAUAGGAUCAAAACACGUAGAAAAAUUAAACAAAAGACAUCUUGAACUGGAUGAUCUACAGAUUAUGACAAAAAAAAGAAGAAAAGUAAUCUUAAAAGCGAAGAAUUUGAAAGAUAUUGAAGUUAAACGUAACAUCCUGGACGGUUACGAGUUUAGAGUGUUAACUGGGAAUAAGGAGUUCAGUAAAGACACAAUAGAGAAACUAAUUAUCGAAAAUGGAGGUAAUGUAGUUCAAAAUGAAGGGAAUAAGACAUUUUGCUUAGUAGCAGGUUACAAUGAUCCUAGAAUUCAAUUUUAUCAAGAGAAAGGUCAUUUUUGCGAUGUUGCUAAAUUAGAGUGGCUUUUGGAAGUUAUAAACAGUGGACGAUUUAAAAUGUACGGGCCCUUUGAUUUGCUCUCCUUCACCCAUAAAACUCGUCUACAGUUUUUGAGAGAGUAUGAUCAAUACUUCGAUUCCUAUACCCAAGAAGCCACAGAAGAAUCGAUUAGAAAAUCAGUACAAUUAAUAAAAAAGAAAGGACAUUACAUAAAUUUAAUGCCUAAUGAAGUUGCCGAAUUAUUGCGAGAUUUAGAAAACGCUACAAAUUGAAAUUUUAUACCAGUAAUCAAGUAAAUGUAACAUACAAUUGUGGGUAUACAAUGUAAAAAACUAUUAACACAGUAUAUAAAAACCCCCAACACCUAGUUUUAAGUAUAAAAAAUGUCUAUAUUUAUAGGCACAUUUGCCAUUUUUCCUUAGUAAAAGGGCAUGACUUAUCUGGUGUAAUAUACACAUAAGAAAAGAAAAGAAGUGCCCUUUCUGUGAAACUAAUGUACCUACAGGAUUGA